AGAUGCAGAGCUGGUCAAUGAAAUGCCUAGUUAGUACUAGUUAGUGAGGUGUUAUCACUGGUUAAGGAAAUUAGCGAGGUAUUAUCACUGGUUAAGGAAGGGAUAACUAGUUAGUGAGGUGCUAUCACUGGUUAAGGAAGUUAGCAUUAGUUAAUGAGGUGUUAUCAGUGGUUAAGGAAGUUAGCAUUAGUUAAUUAGGUAUUAUCACUGGUUAAGGAAGGGAUAACUAGUUAGUGAGGUGCUGUCACUGGUUAAGGAAGUUAGCAUUAGUUAAUGAGGUGUUAUCACUGGUUAAGGAAGAGAUAAUUAAUUAAUGAGGUGUUAUCACUGGUUAAGGAAGUUAGCAUUAGUUAGUGAGGUGUUAUCACAAAGGGGAUAUCCAGCUAAGGAGAGGGACAGCAUCCCUGCAAACUAAUGAGAGAAUAUGCAGUUAGUGAUGGAGUCAUUGUAAUUAGUAAGGAGACUGGUGACUAGUUAGAGCAAUGUUGGUUAUUACUAGUAGGCAACUAGCCAGUGAAGGAUUAUGUAGGUAGUUAGUGAGGAAUCUACAACUUGUUAUUGAAGGGUUGGUUGGUUGUUGAUAAUCACGUGAUGAGGGAUCCUGAUUAGUCAGGGCCUGGUUACUGGGAAGUGAGAGACAUUACCACAGGUUGUGCUGCUAGUUAGUGGAGGGAGAGAGUGUGGGGCCGAGAGCAAGCCGCUAUGUCUGAGCGUGAUGAGAGGCGGUACGUGGAGCUGAGUAAGGAGUCAGUUAAACUGAUGGGUGAGAGUGUGGGGCUGGAGCUGGGGGAUGAGGUCAGUGCUCUGCUGGCUGAGGACGUGUGUUACCGACUGCGAGAGACUGCCCAGAACAGCACCCAGUUCAUGAGGCACGCCAAGCGAAGGCGCCUGACCGUGGAGGACUUUAACCGGGCACUGAGAUGGGCCAAUGUGGAGCCUGUGUGUGGGUACGGGGCCUCAGACAUGCUUCCCUUUCGCUCGGUGAAGGACGGAGAACUCUUUGUCAUGGAGGAUCGUGAGGUCAACCUGGUGGAGCUAGCCCUGGCAACCAACAUCCCCAAGGGCUGUGGCCAGACUGUGGUGCGAGUUCAGGUCUCCUAUUUAGAGAAUAAAGCAACUGAGGAGUCUCAGGGAGCGGUUCCUGUGGCAGUCUCCAGUCUCUCUGAUGAUCUCUUGAAAUAUUACCAACAGAUUACCCGAGCAGUGCUGGGGGAUGAUCAGCAACUCAUGAAGGUCGCUCUGCAGGACCUUCAGUCGAAUUCGAAGAUCGCUGCUCUGCUUCCUUACUUUGUCCAUGUGGUCAGUGGGGUUAAGUCGGUCAGUCAUGACCUGGACCAGCUGAACCGCCUUCUCCACAUAGUGAAGAGUUUAAUCGGUAAUCCCUACCUUUACCUGGGGAACUACAUCAAGAGCCUGGUCUCCAGUGUCAUGUACUGUAUUCUGGAGCCUCUCGCAGCCUCCAUAAACCCACUCAACGAUCACUGGACCCUCCGGGAUUAUGCUGCAUUGCUCCUGACACACAUCUUCAGGUGUCACGGUGAUUUAGUGAGUAGCCUGUACCACCAGAUCCUGCUGACCCUGCAGAAGGUGCUGAUCGAUCCAGUCCGGCCGCUCUGCUCUCACUAUGGAGCCUUGGUGGGUUUACACGCUCUGGGCUGGAAGGCAGUGGAACGGGUUCUUUACCCCCAUCUUCACAUGUACUGGCCGAACCUACAGGCUGUGCUGGAUGAUAACUCGGUGUCUAACGCUCAGGUCAAAGCUGAUGGUCACAAGGUGUAUGGAGCCAUUCUGGUCGCGGUGGAGAAUCUGUUGAAGACCAAGUUGCUGAUGGUGGUGUCCCUGGAUGGAGGCAGCGUUCCAGGUUCUCCAGCCGGGAGUCCUGUUCGGGAGCCCCACACCGAGUUUGGUUUUGGCAUCACCAGCCACCUGCUGCAGACUGGCACGGGCCUGAGUUACGAGUUGGUGCAGCCGGCCCCUGGCCUGGCCCAGAUGUACCAGGAGCUGUACUCCUUCUUUGGGGACAGCCUGGCCACUCGCUUCGGGACAGGCUCCAUGAUCCCAGCUUCUGCUCUCGGCUCGGCGGGGAAGGAGCCCGUCAGUCAGCCUGCCUCAGGGGGCAGUGACCUGAAGGCCCAUCGGCCAGGCCUCAACGGCACUGACCAGGCCCGCAAGAUGCCGCAGUUGACCAUGAGCUUGGUGGACAGCCCGGUGCAGGGGGGUAGCCCAGGACCUGAUCAGACCUCGCUGCAGAGAGCUGGCCUGACACCCCGAACCAAAUCCACAGGUCGCACUGCCACGGAGCAAGGCCUAGUCCACCAGCGAGGGAGCCUGGGCCUCCACGAUGUCUUCCAGAGGGCACCGGUGUGCCCACAGGCCGGGCCGUCCACCUUCCUGAUCGCUGGCAGGCAGAUGGGACGGAGAGGGAAAGGCCGCGUUUUCCAAACCAGCUUCCCGGUCUAUCACCGAGCCAGCCUGGCCUCGAAAUACAGCCAGAGGUUACCCAUGAUUGGCCGCGUUAAUAAACCAAUCAGGAGGUGGCUGAGGGCUGACUACCCGCUGUACCUGCCCCUUUAACUGGGGGCUGUGUACCCCCCUGUACCUGCCCCUUUAACUGGGGGCUGUGUACCCCCCUGUACCUGCCCCUUUAACUGGGGGCUGUGUACCCCCCUGUACCUGCCCCUUUAACUGGGGGCUGUGUACCCCCCUGUACCUGCCCCUUUAACUGGGGGCUGUGUACCCCCCUGUACCUGCCCCUUUAACUGGGGGCUGUGUACCCCCCUGUACCUGCCCCUUUAACUGGGGGCUGUGUACCCCCCUGUACCUGCCCCUUUAACUGGGGGCUGUGUACCCCCCUGUACCUGCCCCUUUAACUGGGGGCUGUGUACCCCCCUGUACCUGCCCCUUUAACUGGGGGCUGUGUACCCCCCUGUACCUGCCCCUUUAACUGGGGGCUGUGUACCCCCCUGUACCUGCCCCUUUAACUGGGGCUGUGUACCCCCCCGUACCUGCCCCUUUAACUGGGGCUGUGUACCCCCCCGUACCUGCCCCUUUAACUGGGGGCUGUGUACCCCCCUGUACCUGCCCCUUUAACUGGGGGCUGUGUACCCCCCCGUACCUGCCCCUUUAACUGGGGGCUGUGUACCCCCCUGUACCUGCCCCUUUAACUGGGGGCUGUGUACCCCCCUGUACCUGCCCCUUUAACUGGGGGCUGUGUACCCCCCUGUACCUGCCCCUUUAACUGGGGGCUGUGUACCCCCCUGUACCUGCCCCUUUAACUGGGGGCUGUGUACCCCCCUGUACCUGCCCCUUUAACUGGGGGCUGUGUACCCCCCUGUACCUGCCCCUUUAACUGGGGCUGUGUACCCCCCUGUACCUGCCCCUUUAACUGGGGCUGUGUACCCCCCCGUACCUGCCCCUUUAACUGGGGGCUGUGUACCCCCCCGUACCUGCCCCUUUAACCUGAAUUCUCACUCUCUGGCUGAGGUGGCCAUGAACAUUUCUCUGUCUGAAUCCAUCAGCUCACCUGAGGUACAGAGACACUGAGCUGAAAUCAGCACCAGUCCCCUCCCCCCUCCCCUUCCUUCUACCCCCUCCCUCCUUCCCUCUCUCUCCCCCUCCUUUCCUCCCCUUCCUUCCCUCCCCCUCCUUCCCUCCCCCUCCCCCUCCUUCCCUCUCUCUCCCCGUCCCUCCCCUUCUUCCCUCCCCCUCCCCCUCCCCCUCCUU